AUGGCUACACCAAAGCGAGACGUGAAUAUCUUCAACGAUGAUCCACCGAGCUUUAGCAAGCCGAGGACGCAGCCUUUGGAGGUGAUGAUUGUUGGGCUCUCGCGAACUGGGACGUCCUCCAUGCUCGAAGCCAUGAAUAUCCUCGGCUACGGAGAUAUCUAUAACUCCCGCGUCAUGGUCCGCAAGCACCAAGGGCCCUUCUGCGGCACGAUCCUGAACAAACGCCUCACAGGCAUCGGACCGCCUUACGGCCUCGAGCAAUUCGAAUCCCUCUACGGCGAACAUACCUGCAUAUCCGGCGAGACAGUCGCCCCCAUGGCCGAAGACAUCAUCAAAGCCUAUCCGGAAGCCAAGGUCAUCCUAACCGUCCGCGACGACGAGGACGAAUGGCUGGCAAGUCUGUGCAGCACGCUGUGGUACAACUACAGCACGUGGUCGCACUGGUUCCUGAGGAAAGUCGAUCGCGUCUGGUGGGAGCAGAACGGGCUUAUGGAUGUGUAUUGGAAUAAGUUCUUUGCGGGGGAUCCUGCCGUGCAUGGAUUGAGGGUGUAUAGGGAGCAUAAUGCGAUGGUGAAGAGGGUGGUUGAGCCGAAGGAACGGUUGUUGGUGUAUAGCACCAGUGAAGGGUGGGGUCCGCUUUGCAGGUUUCUUGAGAAGGAUGUCCCGGAUGUUGAGUUUCCUUGGGUGAAUAGGACGCAGGAUCAUCGGGCGCUGUUUGGGGGUGGGAGGAGGAGGAGCCUGCGAGCGUGGAUGAUGAAUGCGUUUGUGAAGGGUGUGCUUCCUACGACUGCGGUUGCGCUGCUGGUGUUGAGGAGGCGACAGGUGAACGAGAUGGUCAGGCAGCUGCUGAAGUGCGAGUCGCCCACCAUGGCCACGUCAGACGAGUUCAACGAGCGCAUGGAAGCACUCAUCAGAAAGACGCUGCUGGACGAAUACCCACACAUGAAGACGUCGACUCUCAACAAAAUCUGCACGAAGAGCGCUGCAGACGUGGCAUACAACUACCAGCGGGAGUCCAAGAACGAGUGCGCUGGAAUUCAUCCUCUCAAAUUCUUCGACCUUCCACGCGAGAUCCGCGAAAUUGUGUACGGAUAUGUGGUGUCACCAUCGGAUGGCCUGCCAAUCACCCUCAACAACUGCCCUGCGGGUGUUAGCUGUGCUUGGCGGACCGACACCCUGGACCUCUACAAUAUCUUCAACACACUACGUCCCUAUCAUGAGCAGUACGUGCACGGCAUGCAACCCGCCAUCACUCGCGUUUCUCGCCAGUUGCGUCAAGAGGCCCUCCCGCUCUUCUACCAGAUCAAUGUCUUCGCUGUCUGCCUAGCUCGUGACGCCCGGGUUCGAGACGAGGAAUGGUGGUGGCACUCGCCUAGUCCUCUGGACAAGGAAGCGAAGCACCUCGCAGGUGUUGAGCUACUGUCUAAUUGGCUUCUUGCCAUCGGCGAAAAGAACGUGUCCAAUCUGGUCAAGAUCACGGCCCACUACACGGAAGAAGACCAGAAGAAGGCGCUUCUGGACAUGGACCUUGUUCCUGCCAAGUGCGCCAACCUUGUCCACAUUCAAGACCCGGACGGCGACGACUAUCGUCGCACUCGCGCGAUUCGGGACCGGCUCAGGCAGUUCAUAGGUGGUAACGAUGGGAAGAAAUCAAGGAAGUGA